AUGGAGCACAAUAUUCUGGACAGUCUCCUUGAUCUAGAGGAGCAAUUCUACAAUGAGGGAUAUGAGCUAGGCACCGCGGAUGGAGCCGCUACCGGAUAUACCGAAGGCAGUGUUUUUGCCGUUGAGAAAGGCUUCGAGAAGUUUGUCGAGAUGGGACGCUUGUAUGGCAAGGCAUUAGUCUGGGCACAGAGACUCGAAAUGAAAUCGUCCGAAGGCGCCGCGUCGCAGGUGGAUAGCGCAACGGAUACCCUUUCUCUUGAUCCGUCUAUCUGCAAAGACAUGCCCAGUCUUCCACCACACAGCACUCGACUAGCCAGGAAUCUCCAGACGCUUCUGGAACUCGUUGAUCCGGCUACUCUGGAUAUGAGUAACACGGAGGAAGCUGUCAAUGAUGUGGACGAGCGUCUCAAAGGCGCUGCCACGAAGGCGAAGCUCAUCCAACGCGCAAUGGGCGAGCGCGAGGAUUCGGCCACCCAGGCUGAUCCCAAGGAUAUGACGACCUCCGGAGAUGGUUCUGGAAGCAUUGAAGAUAUCAGUGCACUGAACAUUCGUCACUGA